AUGAAAACAAAGUCUCAAUACUACGAAAUCAACGUAGAGAAUCUCAAACUCCUCUGGCAUAAUGCUAUGAUACGCGGUAUGAUAAAGGCGCGAGCGAAAGAACUGCUAGCUAAACUACCAAAAAUAGAAGAGAUUGUCUACAAGCAGUGUGUGAGAGAUGCCAAAUCAACCGUAGCGUUGGCGAAAUGUGCCGUCCGAGUCUUCGAUGCCAGGGACAACGCUAAGACCGAAGCUGAGGAAGAGGCCAAACGAAGCAGGAAGACCAAGCCCAUUGUCACCAUCACAGCUCAACGAAAAACCUUCCUGGAGUACAACCCUGAAGAAGCGAAAGAUCGAGGAGGAUACGAGAAGGACAUGCUCCCGAUAUAUCGCACUUCAACAUAUAGGAACGUCUAUCGGAAUCCGAUAAGGCCUCAAAUUCGGAGCAAGCAUUACCGUUCGAAGAAAGCGUCGAAAUACAUAAUAGCGCAGAAGAACAGUUCGUCUAUGGAGUCCUCGGUUUUAGAAAUAACUUCCCAUUUGAUUCCAAUGAUUGUCAAAAAUCGAACGAGAGUGAAGAGGAAAAUUGAGAAAGAUGUUAACGCUGUCAAACCGUCACUCAAUCUGCGACAAAUAGCCAUGAAAUAUAUCCGAAAGAUGCUCGGACAAUCGACAGGCACGUCCAACCUUAAGAACCUUCGCAUUGUUCACGAUCAUUUUCGAAGAACGGAAAAGAUCAACAACUAUUUCAAGCAUAUGAAUGAGGAAAAUAGAAGGUUAUACGAACAGAUCGCACUACCGAUUGACAGUCGUACGCCGGAAGUGGUCAACAGUGCCCAGACAGCAAUAGAACAAGUGCUUGAAGUAGUGAACUCCUUUGCGGUAGGAAGUUCUGAGACCGUAGAAGGAAAUUGUUAUUCUCCUGCACUGCUUCCUGGCUGA